UUUUCCAGAAAGCUUGGAAAGCCUUUCCAACCUUUCCACCCUCUAUCGUGGAAAGGACGGAUAGAAAAUCGGGAAAAUGAUUCACGUGACCUAAAGUCCCGGAAGCGUACCGCGCAAUUGCUGGUGAAAUGACUACUGUGUCUGAGAAUUCAAGUCCUACGGAGCUCGUAGAGAUUCUUACAGGUGGCUCAGAUGUGUUUGUUGCUAUGGAACCACCUAAAGUGAGAAAAGAAGGCUAUUCUUGGAGUGAUUCGGCGACUCUUUCGCUUAUACAACUCUACGGCGAGUUUUCCGAGAAAUUCCGAAGUCCUUCGUACAAGAAGAAACAGAUUUGGGAAAGGAUUGCUUUGAGAAUGCAAGAGAUGGAAUUUCAGGUAAACGGUGCCCAAUGUGAGGGUCGAUGGAAGUAUCUCACUAAGACGUAUCGCGACAUUGCAGAUCAUAAUAACCAGACAGGUCGAGACAGAAAAGAUUGGAAGUUUGAGAAAGCCAUGGAUACUGUAUAUGGGUACAAACAGAGUGUGAGACCUGUUGUUACUAUUAGCAGUACUGGAGAAGGAGACACAGUUUAUUCCUCAUUGGGUGAUAUCAGCAAUGGUGAUCAGAUAGAGAAAAGUGACCUGACCUCGGCAAGUCCCAGUCCUAGUCCUGGGACAUCUGCCAGUGUUCAUGAGGAUGAUGCUGACAGUGAUAUUGGGCCACCAUCCAAGAAAAGCAGACGACUAGCACCACCACACAAGUAUGCCACAACAAAGGAAAGUUUCAUGAAGAUGAUGGACAGCUGUCAGAGGGCACGAGCAAGACAACAUGAACAAAAGCUGGAUUUGUUGGCUUGCCUGCAUCAGGAGAAAAUGGAAAUGUUUGGAGGUCUUCUUGAUGCAAUUAAAGGACUAAGGAAGCAGUAGAUUAAAGCCAUUUGUGUUGUCUGGUUUAAAAAAAAGUUAGUAAGUCAUUAUGGCAAUGUGCA